CUGUCGGUCCCUGCUCAAGUGUGUGGCAUCACCUGACCUCGGCGCCGAUCUCAGGGAUCCCCUCCGCGUCUGAGGGCACAGCCCUAAGAAUGUCGUCUUCGUUGGCUUGCCGAUCUUAGGCGACGAGUUCGAGGAGGCCGGUUCUCCAAUGGCAUCCACGUCGACGCCGACGCCGCCGCCGACGAGCUCAGGCUUCGGGGGCCUGCCCUGCAGGGGCUCGAGGGGCCUGCCCGCGGCGAGGGGCAUGAGCACGGCAUGCAGAAUCAGCUCCUUCGUCUGCCAGCAGCAUGCCGGGGCCGCUCGCGCUGCGCGGCCUGUGGGCGGCUGCGGCGCCGUCCGUGGCCUGCCUCAGCAGCAGAGCGCGAGGAGCGGCCCUUGCCGCGGCUUCCCCUGCGCGACCCUGGCGCUGUGCGGCGCCGGGCUGUGCUUCCUGCGGCGGCGCUCCGAGGCCGAGCUGGACCUGCUGCGGCUGGUGGCCUUCGUGCUGCUGCACCUGGCGGACUACGCCACCAACGUGCUGACCAUGUGCAUCUCGGGGGCGGUACCUGGUCGUGCUGCUCCCGGUGCACCUGGUGAUCGGCAUGUUCUGCGUCCACGCGGCGCUGUCGUCCAGGCGCCACGAGUCCCGGGGCUGCAGGACCGCGGCGGGCGUUGCCGUAACCGUCGUGGUGAUGGGCUUCAUGCAGGGGAUCCAGGUCGGGCUGGCCUGCGAGGACUACAGGCAGCGUGGGCUGCGGCGGACGGCUGCCUCGCCCGAGCUGCGGGUGCCCGCCGCGGUCCCGGCGCGCUUCCUCUGCAAGGCCAUGGACGGCAUGUCCGCGAGGGGACGGUGUUUGCGCUCGUUGUGAUGUAUUUUCUCUUGAACAUCAACUGGGAUGACAAGUCGGAGGAUGAGAACUGGAACUUCAACCAUAGACUUGGCCAGCAUCCGUGGAUGGUCUUCGUGCUGCAGGCGAGCGCGGUGCUGAGCAUCGUGACCACGGGGUUGGCGCUGAUGGAGGUGGAUCACCGCACCUCCUCCGCGGUGCAGCGCGCGCUGGACGGCAGGGUGCUGGCGCAGGCCAGGCACCUGGCCUUUCGGACCUCCGAGCUGGCACUCAGGAGCU